UCGGAUCGAACGGACGCGCUUAAACCCAAAAACGAAUAUCCGAAUUGUACUCAAGCGAGCGGAACCGGCGGCAUUCCUCCUCCUCCAUCGACCUCCAGCCCACGCGCGGUUCUUUGAAAAGUGUUUUUGUUGUGCUCUCGGUCCUUUUCUGGUGCACGCGGUUCGUGAUCGAUUUUUCCCGGGGAACCCGUCCCGUUCGCGCCCGUUGACUUACUGGCUGACUAAGCCGGCUUAGUUAACAAGACUUAAAUCAAGAUCAUAACUCACAAGCUACAAAAAAAGAAGCCCUUACACAUGUUGCAAGUAAGUUGACGACGAUGACUCCGGUAGCGACAGAGCAGACAGUGAAGGGAUAAGAAUCUACGGAGAUUCUCCCGCCGCGUGCGCGCAGCACGUUUAUGAAAGAUUAGUGAACACACAUAAUCACGUUGUUUGUUUAUGCUGUGCUCUGAGCACCAUCAACGAAUGCAAACCAGUAGGUGUGGCUGACUGGCGAAAACAAACGGAAGGCGGCUACUCAAGAAAAGAAGAACAAGAGUGUUGUGACCAGAAUGCGACAGUGGGUGAUUAAGGUCGUGGAUUGAUCGGUAAACAGAGAAUUUUUCUUGCUUCGUGCGACAGUCUAGCCCCAUUCCGAGAUGACAAAUGAUCGGAGCUUAUGUGGGUUUUAAUUGAUUUAUAUUCGUGUCUGUGUGAUUCCAGUGGCAGCAUUGUUCCGUCAAGUGUGAUCGGGGAAAAGUAUGACGAGAACGAUAAAAUGCAAACGGAAACCACGAGAUGAUUACAGUUCAGUGCAAUUGGACGGUGAAGUGUGGAAGAAAAGUGAAAUUAACCGUUGCGGGCGGAAGAUAAUCGCAGAAUAAGUAUAGUUAACUCAAUUGACACGCCAAAGAUCAUCAUAACCAAAGAUGGAUAAAUUUAAUGGACGACUCUGGGCGAUCAUCACGCUCGGUUUGUUUCUCACAGUCAUCGAUGCCGUUAAGGUCUCAUUUUACGGUGCUAGUCAUAUAGCGAUGCCGCUGCAGGAAGCCAAAAUAUCCACAAACAUUCGGUUGCGAUUCCGAUCGCGGCAAGACGAUGCACUGCUGCUGCUGACGGCUGGACGAACGGAUUACUCGCUGCUCAGCAUCGAUGGCGGACGGAUUCGAUUCAGCUUCAAGAUUGAUGAGUACCACACCGAUCUAUGGUCACCGGUGACACUGAAGUUCAACGAUCUACAGUGGCACGACAUCUCGAUAUCGAGGUACGCAGCGAAUUUAACCAUGCAGAUUGACGAGUACUUUGCAACCAAGACCUUACCGGAUAAUGUUGCGGAGUUGAACGUGCACUUUGGGGUGUUUAUCGGUGGGGUUGGAGCGUACUCGGCCUCAUACUUGGGGACGAUGGACAACUUUAGAGGAUGUAUCGCUGAUAUCUUCUACAACAACAUCAACAUCUUCAAGCGAGCCAGGGAACGCACCGGUCAUGUGACGAACGAGCGGGUCUCGUGGAUCUGUGCACCGGAGUUUGACGCGGACGUCAGCACGCCGAUAAGUUUCCUGGACGACGAAAGCUACGUAAUACUGCAGAAGGCACCGUCGCGAUCCGGUGAUCGCUGGAGUAUGGAAUUUCGAACGAACGAACCUUACGGAAUGUUGCUGAGCAACAUUCCCACGAGUGCGAGGUACGACUUCAUGGCACUGGAGAUCGUCGAGAGCCAGGUGCGGUUGCUGGUCGGAAAGGGAUCGAAUGCCGUGGAGUUGAUACCGGACCGUAACGUGUCUGAUGGCAAGUGGCACAACGUUUCCGUGACCUACACUCCGAUGCUGGUGGAUAUAACGAUCGACGAAGUGACGAGCAGUGCAACGUUUGCCAACGGAAGCAGCCAGGUGAUCGAACUGGAAGAGGAAUUUUUCAUCGGUGGAUUCGAUCAUCGGAAGAAGCGUAAGGCCUUCCUGAAGGGAGCCCGUGCUACGGAAUCCAGCCUGAAGGGUUGCAUUCGGGACAUCGUUCUGGACGACCACACGGUUGGGUUUCCCAACUUCAAAGUCACCCAAGGAGUGACCGUCGACUGCGUCUGGCGGUAUCCCUGCAUCGAGAAGCAGCCUUGCAUUCCUUCGGGCCAAUGCCACCAUCAGGGUAUCAAUGACUUCAUUUGCUAUUGUGAUCAAGCUUUUUGCAUCAAAGCGGACUACUCGGACAGCUACAAGCUCUUCUCGCGGUCAGAUCUGGUAAUCGAGAAGGAGUUGAUGCUGAUUAGUCCUCUGGAGGUGCUGGAGGGAGGGAUUGCCUUUCUUGCUCCGAAGCACAUUGAAGUGCUUUUCGAUUAUAGCAAGUUGGGCGUUCAGGAAGCUGGAGUAAUUUUUCACGUGGUCCAGCCACCGAAGCAUGGCAAGAUCACUAUCCAUUCGUACGGCGCGGAAGGCAAUUCUUCGGCCACGCAGAUGAAGUUCUUCUCGCACAUAGAUCUCACCACGGAUAAGGUCAAGUAUACCCACAAUGGAGCGGAGAACUCCAACGAUCACAUGACGAUCGAUAUGCAUUUGGUGCCAUCUUCUCGGAACACCCUUCCAAAAUAUCUCGAGGGAAAGCACCGCUUUGUGCUCCACGUGAAUGUAACUCCGGUGAACGAUCCUCCCGUGCUAAAAUUGCCACAAACCAAACUUCUUCGCGUAACACAAGGCAUACCGAGGGUGAUUGGUCCGGACUUUCUACAAGCGGAAGACUCAGACAGUGCACCCGAUGCGUUGAUCUACACGGUACUGAUCAGCCCCAAUUCGGCGGAAGCUCAACAGGGUCGUAUCGAGUUGGGAGGAAGAGCCGUCGCAACCUUCUCCCAGUCGGAUGUCAACGCUGAAUUGGUGACCUACCUGAUCAACAGCAAAGGGACGGAUGACUAUUUGGAGUUGAACGUUCAAGUCUCCGAUGGAAUGGAAACAAGUCCAGCCAGCUCGAUACGGGUUUCCGUGCUUCCACUACAGCUCCGUAUGAUGAACAAUACGGGCUUGGUGUUGAUCCAUAAGUCAUCGGCGUUGAUCACACCGUACAAUCUGUCGUUUGUGCCGAACUCUGACGAGGAGAAUGUGGAUAUGAGAUUCGAUGUAGUUCAGUCACCUGCCUAUGGCAGUCUUCAAAAGCUGCGAUCCGUAGAUUCUUCAUGGAUUUCGGUCGACUCCUUCAGCAGUAAUCAGCUUCUGCUAGGGCAGAUAAGGUACCUGCACUCAUCAGAGCUACCACUUCAUGACGAAUUCAAGUUCACGGUUACCCUCGGACCCGUGACCACCCCAACGUACGACUUCCGCAUUUCUUUCACCAAGCUGCGCAUCGGAACUAUCCGACAGAACAACAUUUACACCAACACUAAAGAUAACGUCAUCCGCGCAGACUACCUGUUCCAUCAAACCACUCCGAUUGCAACCUUCGCUCGGAACAUCAUCUACACCGUUGUGAAGCCGCCCAAAUUCGGAAUUAUCUACGUCGAUGGCCACCCGGAAUACGCCAAACCCGGUGAUUCCUUUACCCAACAGGAAGUCGACAAGAAUCUGAUCAAGUACCGCACUUACCAAUCGUCAUACGGAAACUUCAUCGACACGUUCGAGUUCAUCGUCUCCGUCCCGGAGUGCGAGGACGUUCAGGGUAAAAUCGACUUCAUCUAUUCACCACCGGACUACCUGGCUAAGCAGAUCAUCUACCAGAAGCGGGAGAAAGUCUACGUUCACGAAGGCAACAAGACCGCCCUGUCGAGGACCAACUUUGAAGUGCUGUUCAACAAGUUCAACUCGUUGACGUUCAAUCUGACGCACUUUCCCAAGCACGGAUCGCUCUGCAAGGUGAAUCCUCGGACGUUCGAGGCGAAGGACAUAUCUUCGUUCACGUUGCAGUACCUGUACCUGGGGGAUAUUCACUACUGCCACGAUGACUCGGAAUCGACGGAGGAUAACUUCCGGUUGUUGAUUCUGUCGGAUAACGAGACGGACUUCCAAUUUGUCUGUGAGAUUCAGGUGGAGAUUACACUGUUAAAUGACAACGGGCCGUAUCGGGUGUUUGACAAAGUGUUUCAUAUUGUGAGAGACGAGACGAAGCUGCUGACGUCGGGAGAUUUGAAGUACGCUGAUCCGGAUAUUGAGACGAGAAAUUUGGAUAUCGAGUACAGGUCGGUGACCUGUACGAAUGGGGAGCUGCUGAGGAAUGGAAAGUACGUGGACUUUUUUACGCAGGAAGAUCUGGACAGUAGAAGGUUGUUGUUCCAGCACAAUGGAACGGACCAAGGCAGGCUAUCGUUCAUUGUGACGGACGGGUUAUACGAAGUUCCGGGAUCACUGGAGAUCGAGGCUUCCGAUCCGUUUCUUAAGAUACGCGAAAGCAAUGCAUCGAUCGUACAGGAAGGUCGAGCGGUGCUGUUGACGCUGAACGAUCUGAACGUAGACACGAACUUGAAUGCUAAACCGGAGGAGAUCGAGUACCGGGUGUUGAAUGAACCUAGCAAUGGGGUAUUGAAGUUGUUCCGAAGCAGAUUUAAUGCUACGCAGUUACACAAACUAAGCAAUGCAACUACCACGAUGAACUUCACCCAAGCGGAUAUAGUAGGGGAGCGGUUGGUCUAUUGGAAUAGGGAUGUGGCUUCCAUGGACAAGGUUAAGUACCGGGUCACGACAAAGGGCGUAUGGGCGGAAGGGGAGAUCAUGGUUCGGAUCUACCCACCGGCUUACUGGGAGCCGCUGAGGAUUCGACGCAAUCAAACGUUGUUUGUUGAAGAGUCUACGAGUGUGAUCAUAUCCAGGGAUAUCUUGGAGAUCGUUCACCCUAACAUCUCACCAGGGGACAUAACGUACCUAGUAACAACUCAACCCCAACACGGCUAUUUGGAAAUCCAAUCGAUCACCUCCGAUGACGAGUAUAAUUCUAAGGUGUUCGAUCAGUCCACGAUCAACUCGGAGAAGAUGUUUUACAUCCAGGCCGGGGUGAACCAAUCGUCCGAUUACUUCACGUUCGAUGUGACCAAUGGGAUUACAUGGUUGCGAGACUUGAUCAUGCGCAUCGUCAUCAUUCCGGAACAUCUAUACAUUCGGACGAACGUCAUCGUUGUGGAAGAAGGAAAAAGCGUCAAGAUACAUCCAACCGACAUGGUACCUUAUUCCGAGUACUACACCGGAAAAAUUCUAGAGUACAAGAUCCUCGAGCAUCCUCAACAUGGAAGCAUCAAAUCCGGGAAGUCUUCCAAGGUGAACCGAUUCACACAGAAACAGUUGGAGGCCGAGGUGAUCACCUACGUUCACAAUGGAAGUGAGAAUUCUACGGACACCAUCCGAUUGGUAGCUCUAGGACGGAACAAGGAAAGCGUUCCCUUCAAUCUACAGAUUCAGAUUCUGCCGAUCAACGACGAAGUUCCACAGGUGGUGACCAAUACUGGGAUGCACAUGUGGAUCGGUGGAAAGAGUAUGAUCCAGAGUUCGGAUCUUAUGGUUCAAGACUAUGAUACUUCCCCGGAGAAUCUCACUUUCCACAUCCAGCAGAUGAUUGGAGGCUACGUGGCUUUGAAGGACGCCUACAGCAAAAAGCUUCAUACCUUCACCCAGCAGGAUAUCAACCACAAUUUGGUGUACUUCAUCCAUGACAGUAGCAAUCAGAAUGGAAAGAUCGCUUUCUAUGUAAGUGAUGGACUUCACAAUACUACGGAGCAAGUGCUGCACAUCGUUACCAAUCCCGUUGCAUUGGAGCUUGUGAAAAAUGAAAUUCUACAUGUAUUUCCUCUGACUAGAAAGCAGAUCCUUCCGGAGCAACUGUUCUACAAGUGUUCCGAUGAUGAUCGAGACGUGAAAUACGUCGUGACCAUUCCUCCUCAGACGGGAAAACUGAUCUUCGAACACGUAGAGUAUGGUUACAUGAAUGAAAUCACUGAAUUUACGCAGCAUGAUGUGGAGAACGGUAGAAUCUUCUACGAGCAUACCCAUCACAUGGUGGAGCUGAAAACGAACGAUUCAUUCUACUUCGACGUGACAGCCCCAUUGUCGAACAGUCUUGUGGAUCAGAUCUUCAACAUUGACGUGUCUGUUUCGUCUGGGGGUUUGUUGAGGUUCCUUCCGGUUCCUCGAAUCAACCUGGAUGAAGGUGAUUCCGGUACAAUCAAAUUGGAUUUAUCCAAAGUGCUGGAGUACCUGGAAACUCGAGCUGGCAUUCAGAACCCAGAGCUGUUCAUUGAUGUUCACCCUCCGGCUCACGGAACUGUUGAGCUGGAAGAUUCGAAUACGAGUGCCAAUCGAUUUUCGUUGAACGAUUUCUACGAGAAUAAGGUAUUCUACAAGCAUGAUCACUCGGACACGCUGGAAGACAAGAUCGCGCUGGCCGUUUACUUGGUACCGGGGAAUUUGUUUCUGUGCAACAUCACCAUUCCGGUGACGAUCAAUCCCGUCAACGAUCAACCCUUCCAGCUGGUGACGGCCUCUCCCCAUAUCUCGGUGAUCGAAGGCGAGAAUCAGACGAUCACUUCAUCCCACCUACUCACGGAGGACGCGGAUACGGAUCCCAAGGAUAUCAUCUACGACGUUAUCAGUGGACCUAACUUGGGAGUUUUGCUUAAGAUUUCCGAUGAGGGUUACCCUCAGGACAUUAUAACCUACGGAAAUCAGUUCACUCAGGCAGAUAUCAACGAAAAUCGGAUCAUCUACACGCACUCGGGUAAUCCACAGUCAACGACGUUCUACUUCAAGGUGUCCGACGGAAAGUUCAAGCCAGCUUACGAAAUUUUUAACAUCAAGGUUCUCCCGAUUACGAUCCUACCCGGAUUCAACAGUCAAUCGAUCAUGGUUCAACAAGGUACCAAUCUUGGCGUGUUGGAACCAAAGCAUGUAUCGGUUGAGACAAAUGUCCAGAAGAGUCGAAUUGUUUACAAUGUGACCAAGAAUCCGAUGGGAGGGAUCAUCAUCUCCAACAACAAGCCUGUUUUGAAAUUUACGCAGCGUCAACUGGACGACGGGAAGAUCAAUUACAUGCAGACGGACAUGACACGAUCCAAUGACAGUUUUCAAUUGGACGCAUUCAUCCCGGACACAACUUCCGCUUGCAUUAUCGAAGUCAACGUGAUCGUGCAACCGUUCAUCAUAAUCAAUCCGAUCACGAUCACCCCUGGGGAACGAAUAAGGUUGAGUUCAACGUUUAUCUUUGAUAACCCUGCCCAGUUGAAACUCAAUCGGUAUAAUCCGAAGAUCACGAUUACUCGCAGGCCGAAGUAUGGCCGCUUGCGGAAGAUCGUCCGCAGCUCGGGACUUGACUACAUUGAGCAACCUAGCGAUAAAGACAUUAUCACAUUCACCUACAAGGAACUGAAAAGUGGUGUGAUCUACUACGUGGCUCGAAAGUUCAAUCAGGACUUCCAAUCCAUCAAUGAUAACUUCGAGUACGUACUGUCAACCAAGACUGCCCAGCCCGGUCAGGGCACCGUUCCAAUUGAAAUCUACUCUCCGUCGCGGGGCUCUCACGGUAGCAACGACGUAGAUAUUGUAACGGCUGACAGUGGACUUCCACUAGAGUACUUGAUCGCUGCCUGCGCUGCUGCCGCGAUCAUCGUCAUUCUCCUCAUGACAAUCAUCCUACUCAAGUGCCGAUCGAACAGUUCCCACAAAGACCACCCGGAUAAGGAUCAUCCUCCAUCCCUUCCACGACCUCCGGACUUUAUGACCCUAAACAACCGGAUGUACACUCCGUCCGAGAACGAGUCUCUUCCGGUGACGACGGCCUCAACUCCCCUCCCCAUCAUCAGCAGUAUUCCACACUGCAAAGUCAUCCCCAUCGGUUUGGAUAACUCACUGCAGUUGGACUCCGAAACCGAAGAGGACAUGAUGGACAUGCAUGGGGAUCUGCUUCAAAACCCCAACAACUUGAACUACCCGUACGGGGAUGAGGGUGACGAAUGGAGUUCCAGCUGUGAGGUAGGCCCGGAUGUAAACUACUCAACCAUCGCCCAAUCGCACCAUCAGCAGCAAGCUCAACAGCAGCAACAACUUUUGCCACAUCAGCUGUCAACGCUUCAACAACCGAAAGCAAACCCUUUGCUCCGAAGGAAUCAGUAUUGGGUGUGAGGGUCCAGGGAAUUUCCCAUUACUCCUAGUUACUUAAAGGAAUACGAGCUUUUGUACAGGUUCCGUGUGAUGUAGUACUUGAUUUUAAUCUGUCUUAAACCUACUUAGUCUAUCGUUUCAUAAAUUUACUUAAAUCCAAUGCUCUUACUUUGAUCAUUUUUUUUACUGAUUAAGAUUCACUUGUUGCUUAGAUAAUCAAUAUUUACAGGCUUGAUAAAACUACGGAUCGAUUCGAAUUGCCAUGCAAUUUUACGUGUAUUGCCAAUAAUAGACUAAAGAAGGUAAUCAAAUACCACAAAGUUAGUGCCAUGUGUGCGAAUGAUGUAGACGAAUAAAUGGGUGAGAAGGUUUGUCCUAAAUAAUAUCUAAUUCGAGUUGAGUUUGUUUUAAUACUUCUUUCCAUCUGGACAAUAAAUACGUUUGUAAGGAA